AUGACACACCGAGUGCUCCAGCCACCGUUGAUGAAACACCCGGUGCUGCAGCCACCGUUGAUGAAACACCCGGUACAGCAGCUACGUUUGAUGAAACUCUCAGUGCUGCAGCCACCGUUGAUGAAGCACCCUGUGCUGCCGCUACCGUUGAUGAAGCACCCGGUGCAGCAGCCACCGUUGAUGAAACACCCCUGUGCUGCAAUCACCGUUGAUGAAACACCCAGUGCUGCAGCCACCGUUGAUGGAACACCCGUUGCUACUGCUGCCGUUGAUGAAACACCCAGUGCUGCAGCUGCCGUUGAUGAAACAACCGGUGCUGCAGCUACCGUCGAUGAAACAGCCGGUGCUAUAGCUACCGUUGAUGAAACCCCCGGUGCUCUAGCUACCGUUGAUGAAACCCCCGGUUCUGCAGCUACCGUUGAUGAAACACCCAGUGCUGCAGCUACCGAUGAUGAAACACCCAGUGCUUCAGCUGCCGUUGAUGAAACACCCAGUGCUCCAGCCACCGUUGAUGAAACACCCGGUAUAGCAGCUACCUUUGAUGAAACUCUCAGUGCUGCAGCCACCGUUGAUGAAGCACCCUCUGCUGCCGCUACCGUUGAUGAAACAUCCGGUAUUGCAGCUACCGUUGAUGAAACACCCGGUACUGCAGCUACCGUUGAUGAAACACCCGGUGCUGCAGCCAUCAUUGAUGAAACACCCGGUGCUGCAUCCACCGUUGAUGAAACACCCGGUACAGCAGCUACCUUUGAUGAAACUCUCAGUGCUGCAGACACCGUUGAUGAAGCACCCAGUGCAGCAGCCACCGUUGAUGAAACACCCUUUGCUGCCGCUACCGUUGAUGAAGCACCCACCACCGUUGAUGAAACACCCGUUGCUACUGCUGCCGUUGAUGAAACACCCAGUACAGUAGCUGCUGUUGAUGAAAUACUCAUUUUUGCAGCUACCGUUGAUGAAACACCCAGUGCUGCAGCUGCCGUUGAUGAAACACCCAUUGCUGCAGAUAUCGUUGAUGAAACACCCAGUGCUGCAGCUGCCGUUGAUGAAACCCCCAUUGCUGCAGCCACCGUUGAUGAAACACCCGGUGCUGCAGCCACCGUUGAUGAAACACCCGGUGCUGCAGCUACCGUUGAUGAAACAUCCGGUGCUGCAGCCACCGUUGAUGAAACACCCGGUGCUGCAGCCACCGUUGAUGAAACACCCGGUGCUGCAGCCACCGUUGAUAAAACAUUCGGUAAUCCAGCUUCCGUUGGUGAAACACCCGGUGCUGCAGCCACCGUUGAUGAAACACCCAAUGCUGCAGCUACCGUUGAUGAAACAUCCGGUGCUGCAGCCACCGUUGAUGAAACACCCGGUGCUGCAGCCACCGUUGAUAAAACAUUUGGUAAUGCAGCUGCCGUUGAUGAAACACCCGUUGCUGCAGCCACCGUUGAUAAAACAUUCGGUAAUGCAGCUGCCGUUGAUGAAACACCCGGUGCUGCAGCCACCGUUGAUAAAACAUUCGGUAAUGCAGCUUCCGUUGGUGAAACACCCGGUGCUGCAGCUACCGUUGGUGAAACACCCAGUGCUGCAGCCACCGUUGAGGAAACACCCGUUGCUACUGCUGCCGUUGAUGAAACACCCAGUACAGUAGCUGCUGUUGAUGAAACACCUGGUGCUUCAGCUACCGUUGAUGAAACAGCCGGUGCUACAGCUGCCGUUGAUGAAACACCCGGUGCUGCAGCUACCGUUGAUGAAACACCCAGUGCUGCAGCUACCGUUGAUGAAACACCCGGUGCUGCAGCCACCGUUGAUGAAACACCCGGUGCUGCAGCCACCGUUGAUGAAACUCCCAGUGCUGCAGCUACCGUUCAUGAAACACCCGGUGCUGCAGCCACCGUUGAUGAAACACCCAGUGCUGCAGCCACCGUUGAUGAAACACCCUUUGCUGCAGCCACCGUUGAUGAAACACCCAGUGCUGCAGCUACCGUUCAUGAAACACCCGGUGCUGCAGCCACCGUUGAUGAAACACCCAGUGCUGCAGCCACCGUUGAUGAAACACCCAGUGCUGCAGCCACCGUUGAUGAAACACCCUGUGCUGCAGCCGCCGUUGAUGAAACACCCGGUGCUGCAGCCACCGUUGAUGAAACUCCCGGAGCUGCAGCCACCGUUCAUGAAACACCCAGUGCUGCAGCUACCGUUGAUGAAACACCCGGUGCUGCAGCCACCGUUGAUGAAACACCCAGUGCUGCAACUUCCGUUCAUAAAACACCCGGUGCUGCAGCUGCCGUUGAUGAAACACCCGGUGCUGCAGCUACCGUUCAUGAAACACCCAGUGCUGCAGCUACCGUUCAUGAAACACCCGGUGUUGCAGCUUCCGUUGAUGAAACACCCGGUGCUGCAGCCACCGUUGAUGAAACACUCGGUGCUGCUGCCACCGUUGAUGAAACACCCUUUGCUGCAGCCACCGUUGAUGAAACACCAUGUGCUGCAGCAACCGUUGAUGAAACACUCGGUGCUGCAGCCACCGUUGAUGAAACACCCGGUGCUGCAGCCACCGUUGAUGAAACACCCGGUGCUGCAGCCACCGUUGAUGAAACACCCGGUGCUGCAGCCACCGUUGAUGAAACACCCGGUGCUGCAGCCACCGUUGAUGAAACACCCGGUGCUGCAGCCACCGUUGAUGAAACACCCGGUGCUGCAGCCACAGUUGAUGAAACAGCCGGUGCUGCAGCCACCGUUGAUGAAACACACGGUGCUGCAGCCACCGUUGAUGAAACACACGGUGCUGCAGCGG